UCCCUCCCCUUUUCCAGGAGUCGUAUUGAGCGUCGGGGCUGGGACAUUCCUGGUUUGACGACCAGCUUUUGCGGAGCAAUUCGACACUGACUUCAAAGAUGCGUGUGUGGAAGAGGCAGCGGUAGAGACGGAGACCGAGCACUGCAGAAAGUUACAAUAAGACAGACAUACAGAGAGAGAGAGAGCGCCAAGUCGGGACUUUUACUGAGAGAAACGGACUCCAGAGAAAACUCUCGACCACCGCCGUAACGCGAGUAUCGACCAGGGGGGACUUGGCGCACCUUGGCCCCGACGCCUGCGCUGCUUUUACGGGUUUGAACUCUCUCUCUCCCCUUUUCAACCUCUCCGACUGCUUUCAUGUUCCUCAAGCCGUCUCGCACUUUGAGCCCGUUUCUAAUGGAGGGCCCGGUACGGAUUUGCCAACAGAAGAAUGCGUUUUGCUGCUAAUUCACCGGACGUCUCGCAGCGUUUGCUCUCCUGCAACAGAGGUUUGCCGAACAGACGUGGACGUACUUACUGGACAACACGGCCUCUGGCAGGGGUCAAAGUGCACCAUGGACAGUGGCCUAAGGGUCCUCCUGUCCACUGUGCUGUGUCUCAGCCAGUCUUUGCUGAUCACCUGCUCAUCUCAAUAUCCAUCUUUCCACUCUGAGCCCGCCUCCUUGGUUCAGAGUCAAGGCUCUGUUGUCCAUCUGCAGUGCUCUGUAAGUCCUCCAUCAGCGGUGGUCUCCUGGCGCUUCCGAGGCCUUCCCCUGGACCGGGACACUCUGCCUGGUGUGGAGCUUGGCAGUGGCUCCCUCACAAUCUCCUCCCUUAUGCCCAGUCAUGCUGGUGUCUAUCAGUGUGUGGCACGCUUAGACCACGGGCCCGCCAUCGCCAGCCGCUACGCGCGUGUUGCCAUAGCAGAAAUAUCAAAAUACGAAGAUGGCCAACGGCGGUCAUUAUCAGUGCAGGAAGGGAGCACUGCUCUUAUAGAGUGUCCUCUACCACGUAGCAUUCCCCCAGCUAUUCCUAGACUGAGGAUACAGGGGGGCUGGGUGGAAGCUUCAAAAGAUGACUAUUUAAUACUUCCAUCUGGCAACCUCCAGAUUAUCUCUGUUUCAGCCCAGCACCAGGGCAUGUAUAAAUGUGGUGCAGUGAACCCUGUUACCAAGGAGACCGUCAUACAGUCUCAUGGCACUAAGCUGUCCGUCAAAUAUUCAGACCCCUCCUCUUCAGUGCAGAUCGUUUAUCCCAAAACCCCAAAGACUGUUUCGAUUGAGAAGUCGCAGCCGCUGACCUUGGAGUGUGUUGUGUCUGGUAGUCCUGCACCUGCAGCUAAGUGGUUUAAGAAUGGCAAGGUCAUACCGGGGCCUUCUCACCAACGACAGCACAACAAUCUGGCCUUUGUUGGGGCGAUGAGAAGCGAUGAAGGCAGUUACACCUGCGCUGUUGAGACGGAGCAGGGGACUCUCGUCAGCGCUAACUAUACUGUGAAGGUUCUCGAGCCUGUUUCCAUCAUCGAGGGACCGGGGAACCAGCUCGCCUCUCUCGGCUCCUCUGCUCGUUUUAUCUGUGUAGCCCAAGGAAAUCCAUCUCCAAACAUCACCUGGCUGUUCAACGCAGAGCCCAUCACCCCUUCACAUCGCUUUCAGAUCUCUGGAUCCUCACUUGUUGUUUCAGAUGCGACACGACAGGAUGAGGGAGUUUAUCAGUGUCUGCUGGACAAUGGCUUUAGCUCAGCGCAGUCCUUUGGAAUGCUCACAACUCAAGGAGAUUCACAGUCGGGUUCCACUGUUGGUGCGCUGCCUGAAGCUUCACCGUCACUCCACCCGAUACAGAGCGACGAGGGCCACGAGCGUCUCCUCACAGAAAACGAAGGAGAUCCGAUUAACCAGCCCGCUGAUAGGAGCGGCAACCGUCCUACCCCAGAGGCACCCAUCAUCAUCAGCCCACCUCAGACUCACAAGCCUGAUGUGUAUGAUCUGGAGUGGAAGGCGGGGCGCGAUGGAGGCAAUCCCAUCAACGCCUAUUUUGUUAAAUACCGUAAGGUUGAUGAAAUGGGAACGGUGGUGGGAAGCUGGCACACGGUCCGUGUGCCUGGCAGUGAGAAGACCCUGCGGCUGUCAGAGCUGGAGUCCUUAAGUCUCUAUGAGGUGCUGAUGGUGGCUCGAAAUUCAGCAGGCGAGGGUCAGCCGGCCAUGCUCACCUUCCGCACGGGCAAAGAGAAGAGCACCUCCCCCAACAAGAAUCCCUCCAAGCCUCCCGUCAUCUCCGUGCCACCCAAAGCUCCAGAGGACAAAACCCCCAACACGCACUUUGGAGUUGUCAUACAUGACAGAGUUCCAGAGGCUCCCGAUCGCCCGACCAUCUCCAUGGCGACUGAAAGUUCAGCAUACGUCACCUGGAUCCCGAGAGCCAAUGGCGGCUCUCCGAUCACAGCUUUCCGCGUGGAGUACAGACGCGGCCGCAGUGCCGAGUGGGUUGUGGCUGCAGAUAACAUCUCACCUCUGAAGCUGUCUGUGGAGGUUCGCAAUCUGGAGCCUGGAUCCACCUAUAAGUUUCGGGUGGCAGCCAUGAACAUGUACGGUGAGAGCCCCCACAGCAUUCCCUCGAAGCCGUACCAAGUGCCGCAAACAAGCCCUCCUAAGACAGACCGUCCAGUGGUUGGGCCUCAUAUUUCAUCCACGGAUGCUAUCAGCGACACGCAGAUCAUGCUGCGCUGGACUUAUAGUCCCUCGACUAACAACAACACUCCGAUCCAAGGCUUCUACAUUUACUACCGGCCCACGGACAGUGACAAUGACAGCGACUACAAAAGGGACGUGGUUGAAGGUAUAAAAAACUGGCACAUGAUUGGACAUCUCCAACCUGAGACCUCCUACGAUAUCAAAAUGCAGUGCUUUAAUGACGGGGGAGAGAGUGAAUACAGUAACGUCAUGAUCUGUGAGACCAGAGCACGCCAGUCUCCAGGAUCACCCAGCCAGCACCCUAUUACCCCAUCUGACCCCCAUCCUGUGGAUACCCCAAGCCCUCCUGGAGGACUGCUCUAUGUGAUUGUGGGCUCUGUUUUAACGGUGAUGGUGUUCAUCCUGGUGUCCUUUAUUAUCAUCUGUCUGUGGAGGAAUCGUCAACAGAACAACAUGCACACCUCUCUUGCUGCAGAGUUUGAUGCUCCCGGCUACCUGUACCAGUCACCAGAGUUGAACGGCCAUGUGCUCGACUACACCACGCUGCCUGGCAACAGUCGCGUUAAUGGGGGUAUCCACAGUGGCUAUGGACACAGUGGCCAGAUGUUACCCCAAGGAUGCCAUCACCUCCACCACAAACUCCCGAAUGGCUUGGCACUGCUCAACGGCUCUGGGAAUCUGUACACACCAGGUCCCCCGCAUGGCCACAACGGCACCUUGCCGCACAGCACGCGGGACUGCGAGCACUCACACCCUCACCACCAUCAUAACGGUGGAGGCAUGUACACAGCUCUUCCCCAAACAGAGUCUUCUGAUUGUAUGAGCUGUCAAAACCUCUGCAACAACAACAGAUGUUACAACAAGACCAAUGGCACUUUCUCCAGUGGCACGCUCCCUCUAAUGCAUCGCGUGGCGCCGUGCCAGCAGGACGGGCUGGAGAUGGUGCCUCUGGGCCAGGUUUCAUCACAGUGCCGCGGCCACGACAGCCACACGCAUUCUGUGGACCAGGAGGCCAACGCAGGAUACCGAUCAGAUGAGCACAAAGAGUCCUCGCCCUCACAGCAUUCCUGCUGUCUGAUCAGCAACAAUGAAACCUAUCUAGCAGACAACACUGCUGGGGAGGAGCCGGAGUGUGUGGACACGGAGGGGCCUGUGGUGCGCUGGGAGAGUCUUGGCCUGCCAGACUUGGACUGUGACGAAAAGCCUGGGUGGAUCUCCAGCAGCAGCCUGGCGGGAGAGCUUAUCCAGCCUGGCCCGCAGGAGGCCUGAACAUAGCCCACACACAAGCACACUCUCCCACAGUUUGGAAGUUUAGAGAAAACAGACAGAGAGGCUGAACGAGAGCUGUGGAAGUAUCAAGAGUGGAAAAAAGGAAGACCAGCGAGCGGUGGGAUAGUCAGAGACACUGCAUGUUAUGGUGACGAGGACACUAAAGUGUUGAUUGGACUGAGCUGAGAUGAGCAACCAGGGGGAAAAAGAGGGACUACAAGAGACUGAGAGCGCAGUCAGACGGAGAGAAGCGAAAAGACACUAUAUCCCACUGGCGGGAAGCGUCUCAUAAAA